AUGGCGCGACGGUACGAGAUCGAUGAGCUGAUAUGGCUCCGCGGCUCGCCCCUUGUCGCAAAACCUCCUGGUCUGCCUCCAAUUGAAGAGUGGAUAGGACAUUGUACUCGGCCCCCGAAAACCGCCUUUGCUUCAUCUCGCAUUGGCGGCAAAGGCUCGUUUGAUCAGACAGACCGACCCGCGGUGCGGCCAAACGAUUCGGACGAAACGAAGAACGACCGAUUCAACUUCAGAGACAAGUUUUUCAAGGACCGCGAUGCCCCGGAUAAAGAGUUAGAUCGACGAGAGGCCAAGCCAGGGCCACUGACUGCCCGACGUGGGGAAAGAGAGGACUGGAAUGCCGGGCGCCCACGUCGCACAUUCGGCCCAGAUGAGCAGGAGCGCAAGCCCAGGCGAAACGGCGAGUUUGAUCGAUGGGAAAACAAAGAAGGACCUCGCGAUCCCAAUGCUGAACGGGUGGCCCGUGACAAAGAUGGCCGAUUCCCCACUCGGAAAGAAGGACAGCCCCCGCGAUCCAAAUAUGAAGGAAGCUGGUUCCGCGAGGAACAGGCCCAAGAGGGCGCUGACGCCGAUGACGAUAAAGCGCCGUUGCGCAACCGAGAAUGGCGCCAAAACCAGACCCGACACGGUACCGAACGUGAGUGGAACCGUGGCGCCAAAUUUGAACAAGAACCUGAAUGGCUGGAUGCCAAUGACCGAGACGAACCACGACGAGCACACACUCAGGAGGACUUUGAACGGUGGAAAGAGCGUAUGAAGGCUGGAUCUGGAUCAUCCGCACAACCCCCGGCACACGCUGAGGAGAAGAGAGAAGCACACGUUGAAGAGCAAAAGCCAGAGACCCGCCGUACUGAUGGUGAGAUUUUCAGCAAUUCCGGCGCUCAGUUCAUGUCCGACGAGUCGAUGGAACGAUUCUUCGGACUAUUAGGUGAUUCGAAGGCUCAGCCUCAGACCCCAGAAGUCAGUACUCCUAUCGCUGCCGAUCCAGUUGCCAAAAAGGAACCCUCUCCAUUUCCUGGGAAGCCUGGAAAGUCAUCUCGUUUUGCGGGUCUCUUUAGCCCCAUGCCAGAGAGCCCUGCCAGAGAGCCCGAGCCGAUGCCUUAUUUCAAUGCCCCACCCCAGCCCCAGCAUUAUCAACAGCCGCCUCAGCCGGCGCCUGAGAGUAUGCCUUUCCCAUCCCACAGUGCGGACCAAGAAGGCUUCCAGCGCAUUCUACAGAUGCUUGGUGGACAACGCUCGGAGAAUUCUACGCCGCACGAAAUGGGUCUGCCCCAGCAGCAACGGAAUAUCUCCAUGAUGCAUGCCGAGCAGCAACAUGCCGCCCUAUCUCUGUCAUCUCCUUCCAGGGAACACCCCCAUCGAUCUGAUUACAUGGGCACUGGCCCUGAGAAUCCAAUGGCCCAAGUUGGCCCCAAGGAUCCCCAGGCGCUGGAGAGGGCCCACUUGCUUCGUUUGAUGCAGCAAGUCCGAGUCGGUCCACCACCUGCGGGUCAUCUACCCCAGCAGUCUCCCAACCCGGGCAUUGCCCCUCCCCCAGGUCUGAUGCCGGAAGGCAUGCCACGUCCUCCGCCAGGACUUUCUUCCCAAAAGACGCCCACUUUCCUCGACGACCCGGCCAUUGCCAACAUGCAGCGACCAGAUAGCGAGCACCUCCGUCGCCGACCUGCAAAUGGUCCGCCCAUGGGAUUCUUUGAUGAUAUGCCGUUCCCUCAGGGUAAUCAGGGCCCCAUGACCCCGGGUGGUCCUAUUACUCCGGGUGGCUCACGGCCUCCUCAGGGCCCGAGUCAGCCUCCUAUGCCGCUUCAGCGACCCCCGGGUCUCGAGCAUCUACCACCUCCUGGAUGGACUGGCCAACCUGUCCCCCAGCAGGGUUUCCCUCGCGGUCUGCCUCCAGGCAUGAUGCCACCUCCGGGUUACAUGAACGGCCCUCCCCCUGGCUUCCCUCCUAUGCCACCAAACCCUGAGGCCAUGAUGGGACUUGGUCCCGGUGGUCAGGGUCCCUUUGGGCCUGGCAACCCUGGCCCACAGGGCCCUCCUCCCUCAUCUAGACACCUUCUGGAGAUGUUCGGCCAGUCCAACGGCGGUGACGUCCGCGGUGGUAUGGUCGGUCCUGGCCAGUUCAGAUAA